GUUCCCUGUCUGAGCAAUACACUGAGCUGCGCUACACUAGUGCAACUGGUAGCACCGUUUCAUUGAUUCAGAGACUUAGAAAAAAAAACAACAACCCAACAAAAACCACUCAUUAAAGGAAAAUAUUUUUUUUACUGUCAUCAUAUAUUUCGCUCUCAAGGAUAAGACAGAGCAUUGCAUUCGUCGCGAACUUCUGUUGGAUCUACAACAUCAUACCUGGGAUUUCUCUCUUUCCUUUUCCCCUGUAGAUCUUCUACCGUGUUGUCAUUUUGAAAAUACAGCCGGUGUAUCUGUACGGAUACCUGUACGUCUCCAUUUAUGAUAGACUGAAAAACUGCUAUGACAGGGAAACUGGCGGACAAACUCCCUCUUACCAUGAGCAGUUUAAUAAAUACGAUUCCCGAUGGUCUUUACCCAGAAGAGGACAUUCCUACGUCUAUGAACAUUUUCACCAGCACGGAUACUAUUUCUCACUAUUCGCAGAUGAAUACAGACAAUAUCAUGGAUUUGGGAAUGGGUAACGAGAAGGGGACUCCAGAACUCCAGUACGGUUCCAGUUUCCCACCCAACCGCAGCGGACAGACGGUGACCUACCUGGGCAAGUUUGCCUUCGACACGCCUCCCUCGGGUGGGAUUGGCAGUUCAGGCUGGUGCUCAGACAACAACAUCAUCAGCCUGGUGAGCGCAGGGAUCCUGGGGGUGUCCCCGUCGCCUGGGGCCAUCACCACGCAGACCUCAUCUGCCGGCAACAUGGGCGGCCAAUCUUCAGAGCUGGAGCAGGUGUACGGAACUCCCCUGCCGGCUUAUUCCUCCUGCAGUGACAUGUACCAAGAUCAGGUGUCCUUCCACAGCCCUGCCACCACCACCCCUCUGCCCUACCCGAACACUGACUACCACACCACUAGCAAGCCCUCCAUGGAUGGAAGUCUCUUCUCCAUGAUUCCAGAUUACAACCUUUUCCAUCACCAAGGGGAGGUCAGCGUAAUGGAGCACAAGCCCUUCCAAAGCAUGGACCCGAUCCGGGUCAACCCCCCGCCUAUCACACCCCUGGAGACCAUCCGGGCCUUCAAGGACAAGCAGCAAAUCCACCCAGGGUUCGUAGGGGGCCAGCAGCACGCCCCUCAGCACCACCAGCCUCCCCAGACCCUGACGCUCAAGCCCAUCCGUCCCCGGAAGUACCCCAACCGCCCCAGCAAGACCCCGGUCCACGAGCGGCCCCACGCCUGCCCAGCGGAGAACUGCGACCGCCGCUUCUCCCGCUCGGACGAGCUGACCCGCCACCUCCGCAUCCACACCGGCCACAAGCCCUUCCAGUGCCGCAUCUGCAUGCGCUCCUUCAGCCGCAGCGACCACCUGACCACGCACAUCCGCACGCACACCGGAGAGAAGCCCUUCGCCUGCGAGUUCUGCGGCCGCAAGUUCGCCCGCAGCGACGAGCGCAAGCGGCACGCCAAGGUGCACCUCAAGCAGAAGGACAAAAAGCUGGCGGAGAAAGCGGCGGGGACGGCGGCGGGCAGCCACAGCUCGCCUCCCGGCUCCUGCGGCAGCGCCGGCGGCAGCGGGGGGAGCAUCAUGACCGUGACCACCUGCGCCUAAAGAGACACGGACGCAAACCCCGACGGGACGCAAAGAUUGUAGUGUUUUCCAAAAAGACCUUCGUGGUACGAAACGAGAGACCCGACGUUAAAAUUGCAAAAAGGAUGGGACUCUCCCUCUGCUUUUAAAACAAACUCUUCCUCCUUUCAUUGUAAGCUGGACUGUUUUGCACUUCCAGGAGGAACAGUGCCGAGUGGGUCCCAUUGAUUCUGCGCAGAGAGAUCAGGUGGCCGGGCCGCGGGGGGUCCCUGCUGGCGUCGGCCAGCAGGGGGAGUCCAAAGUGCCGGGGCAAUGCCAUGCCAUGCUGGCACUGCCAGCCUUCCUUUGAGGACACAGCACCGCAGUGUGGAAUUCCAUAUCCAGUAUUGUUCGGACCGCUUUUAAUCUCACUUCGGAACGGAGAAAAAAAAACACUUAGAAUCUGGAGAUGGGGGAGGGUUGUCGAGAUGACCACGGUUUCGGCUAAAAUAAACGCUUUUACAAUACCGCCUUUUCAAAACACAAGGUGAGCUAUAUUGGCAUUUCGGCCACUUGGAUGCUUAAUUAGUUUUUUUUUUUGGUUUGUAUGAUUUCAGAAUACAAUGGACACUGCUUAACGUCGAUAAUUCCUUAUUUGAUGCGCCUUUGUUUCCUUAUCUUUCUAUUUAAACUGUCAGAGAGGGGGUUGAUGGAAAAAAUGCAAAUGUUGCCAUAAGAGAAUGUGCCAAAAGAGAAUGUGACUAUACAGUUAGUUUUUGGUUUCAAGAAUGUGUCCUGGUUCAAGCAAAGCCCAGGUUUAUGACAAGUCUUGUGUUAUGAAGACUUAUAUUAUGGCUGAUCCUUAUACCUUCAUAGAAGACAUUCCCUAUGAUUUAGCUUCCAUAUUGGAAAAUCACUCCUUCAUUGACAUUCCUAGUGACUUGACAAAGUAUGUUAAAUGAAGUUUGUGUAACAGUGAGUCUAGGCCUUCACUUCAAACUUGAAGUGUUCUUUCCAUCAGCUGCUGUUUUAAAUAUAUAUGCUUGUUUACUAUUUUUGCCUAAUUAGGAAAUGUAAAAAAUAUACAACAUAUCAGGGGAGAGACAUCUCUAAAAUUUUAACAGAAAACGAAAUUCUGUCACAGCAUAUUGUGAAUAAGACACAAAUGUGCAAAUGGUGUACAUAUACUGAUAUGGAUCCUGUGCGUUGGAAGAAAGAUUUUCAAUAAACACUCUCAAUUAUUACAUUUCAGCAGGAUAAGACACUUUUAACCUGUGACACAUGCAAAGAAAGUGCAUAAUAUAAUUUUUUUUAUUAAGCACAUUAUAUGCUCUUUUUUACAUAUAAUAAAAAUACAAUCAUAAUAAGGGAAUAAUUCGCUUUGCCACGUUGCAAUGUAGACUAAUAUACCAAUGACUAUCCAGCAAGUGAUCCAUAAUCAGUACAGAACUUAAUGACAUCAUAUCAACAAUGUUGUAAAAGCACUACAUGAAUUUAAAAAAUGGGGGGACAGAGGAGAGACCUGCAUUUCUCAGCAGAUGGACUCCAAACUUUGAAUAAUCUAAAGCCAGUGAAAUGCACUGUAGAAAUCCUGCCCUUUGUUUUCUGGGCAAAAACCCACAGUAGAUUGCCAAUGCAAUUAGAGAGAAGAAGAAUGGUUGGCCCUUUUGUUCAGCAGUCUUAAACUUUGGCCAGUCGUGUUGGUUUGCUCCUGAUAAAAAAGUAGGAGUUGAUCCUUGGUGAUUUGCUCUGACUCAGGUAGUAAUGCCAGAAAAUGUUGGUCCUUAAAUUUUCUUCAAGCAUGGAGAGGCAUUCUACAGCCUGCUUACAGUUCCACUCUCCUAUUAAUUGUACACAGGCAAUACUGCAUGUAGCAACAUUUGUAAGAGAUGAAUACUGGCCUUUGGAAGAAACAGGGUAGCUAUUUACAUGAAGUUGUUAAGCUGAUGAUGUUUUGAUCGCCAUGUGCUUUACAUGCUUGAAGUAGGUGGGGUUCUGACGUCAUAUACACAGGUUCGUCUUGCACUUUGUCAUUUACAUACAUUUGACACACAAUGCCAAAAUGUUGUUUGCUGCACCCUUAUUCCCCGGCCUCAGUUAAACCUGAAAUGGAAUGGAAAUUGAAGGAAGAAGGUCCGAAACACUGUGGAGCAUUCAACAGUUUGAAACCAUGAUACUCUGGGGAGUACAGGGCGUUUGAGCUGCUUGUAAAAGCAACGUGAUUCUUUCCAAUCAGUUUUUGCAGGUUCUCAUCUCCUUCUGAGCUAAAUACGUGUUUUGGUUAUGUGGAAAAGUCAAAUCAGCAUGGCCUUUCGGAUCUCAUUUCAAUCAUGUCUUCUGGUAAAAGGCUGUAUAUGUAACGUAAAACAUUCACCUGAUGCCGUAAACAUUGUAAAUUAUAGCCGCCAUUUUUAUUUCCUUCAUGCUUGGUUGCUUAGUCUUUUUUUUUUCAGGAGUUUGUUACAUUCCUACAAAUGUCUCUGGUUCUUUUUUGAAUACUAUACAGCUGUUAGAAAGGUAACAAAAGACUUUCUAAAAUGCAAAUAAUGUAUUGUUGAUUAUUAUUGUAUAAUUGUUCCAAAAACGGGCAGAAGAUAAACAACUUUAAUGACUCUAGAACUGUUCCAAGAAUCAAAGUACAGUACUAAGAACCUCUGUAUUGAAAAAAAAAACAUUUCUGAUUGAGACUGGAAUGAGAUGUGAAAGUCUUUAUGACUUACAAUGUCAUAUUAUAAUGCUGUUGACUUAGACCUCGCCCUUAGGUCUGUCUAAUGCUACAUUGGUCAGUUACGAUUGUUUGAAUUUGUUUAGUACAGCACUUAAGAGUUCUGUAAGGCUGCUUCAGUGACACAGUACAGAAUUCAAUUGAAUAUUGUCACUAUAUUAUACUCUGCACUGAAAAUGACCUGCAAGAAUUUAAUGAAAUCAAUUUGGCAUUGGCGUGGAGAGAAUAGCCGAGAGACUGAGGCAUUAGUCUUUCUGUAUGGAUUAAGUUUGAAAUACAUUACUACAACAAAAGAAUCAACUUUUAUACACAGAAUGUAAAGAGCACAGUUGUUGUUUUCAGUAUUAAACUGUUGUGUCUGUGUGUGUAUAUAUAUUCAUAUAUAUAUGAAGUGACUGAAUGUAUAUAUAUAAAGGAUUUAUUCAAAUCCUUAUUGACACAGCAAAAUAAUUGUAAAUAUACAAAAUAGAAUGUUGUAUGGUCAUAAUUCAGUUCACACAAAGAUACUUUUCUCAUUUGUUUGGAUAUUACUGAACUGGCUAACACCUGCUGAAUAUCUAACCUUUGGUAAAGCUUACUCAAGAAUAUUUCCAUGUCUGAGCGUUGAGAAAGUCAGACGUGGUGCAUUCUUUUAUAAUUUUGGAAUCCUAAAGUUAUUAUAAAUAAUGUAAAUAUAAAUCUAUGGAGGAACAGCUGGAUGAGGGUGUUUAUUAUAAAAGAAAAUAAAA